AUGAACUUAUUCAACAUCUUGGAGAAUAUAAUUAGUUUUGAUGAUGAAUACAGUUCAAAUUUAAUAUCUCAAUUUGAACAAACAUAUGAAUUACAACAAGUUGUAUAUUGGCUUACAAGUAAUACACCUUUAAUACGUAUUGUUAAUAAAGCAUUACAUGAACAAGAUAUAAAUAUGUUAUUUACAUUAUGUUUUCUUCUUGUGAAUAUUUAUACUCAAUUAAUUAAACAUCAAGCAGAUUCAUUAAAUGCAUUUUCGUCAAUUAUUUGUUUUUUUAAUGGAUUUUUAUUUACAUCAACAAAUAUUCCUCAAGUAAUGUCCAAUAUGAAAUGUAAUAAUCAAUUUGAAAUAGUUUUGAUUGAUCUUAGAGCAAUAUAUCGUUCUGGUGUAGCAUCUUUUGCUUUUCUUCGUGAUAUCAAUUCUAAUAUUAAUAAGAAAAUAGAUCAAGAAGUUAUUUUUAUGUGUUAUUCUAUAUUUCAAAUUGGUUCAUUAGUAUUUAAAAACUCCAUUUGGACACUUGAAUUAACAUUAAUUAGUGAUGCUGAUGUACAGGAAUUAUUGGCAAUGAAACCACAAUUAAAACGAAGUCAUAAUUUGUGUAUGAUUGGUGAUUUGCUUAUUUAUUGUGAAAAAUCAGAUAAGGCCAUGAUUUAUUAUCAAUGCCUUCUCAAUGCAUUGCCUGAAUAA